AUAUCGCGAUCAUAUACUUUGGGUUCUGAUCAGUAUCAUAUCGAUCACAUCACAGAGUACCGAAAAUCAAACAUGUCUCUUCAAGGUAAGUUAGAGACUGAAUUUGAAAUCACAGCACCUGCUGACAAGUUCUACAACAUCUUCAAGAGUGAGGCUCACCACAUCCCUAACACUUCUCAAACCGGCACCAUAACUGGAGUUGCGGUGCAUGAAGGAGACUGGGAAACUGAAGGAUCUAUCAAGAUUUGGAGUUAUUCAAUAGAGGGGGAAGUGGGAACUUUCAAGGAAAAGGUGGAGCACGACGACGUGAACAAGGCCAUAAUUGUGAAUGGGUUGGAAGGAGAUGUGUUUAAGUAUUACAAGACCUUCAAGGGCAUCUAUCAGUUCAAUCAAAAGGAUGAUGGCAGCAACAUUGCCAAACUGACCCUCGAAUAUGAGAAGCUGAGUGAGGAGGUUGCAGUUCCAGAUAAGUACGUUCGCUUGAUGACUAACCUCGUCAAGGAUCUUGAUGCCCACUUCGUCAAGGCCUAAGGGGGGAAGAAUUAUAUAGCAUGCAAUACGAGAGCUACGUAUAAUGAAUAGCUACUACUGUGUGCUGGUUGUGUGAAGGUUAAGAAUAAUAAUCUGUUGUAGUGCAUGCUUUAUCUGGUUAUGAGUACAAUAGCGUACAGGUACUGUCGUCUUUUUAUGCGAGUAUAUAUCACCAUUGUGAUGAAUAAAUGUUUGAACGAUGAUAUUUUGAUGUUUCGUAUAUGUAUCAAGUUUGUAAGGUUUGAUUUCCAUCAAAUACAUUGAAGUUUGCCGAUAACACUUAUGGUUCGUUGAUAAAGAAUGAGACGACGAAGAAGAAAUAAAAGGGUGAGUGUGUAUUUGACAAAAUUGUGAAUUUUUUAUACAAUAUAUCUCAAUAAUACAAUAUACGUAUAUAUUUGAAACGUUAGAUAGCUAAUUAUAAAAAUAUCUCAU